UCUUGGUAUUCCAUACAAUUUUGUUUUUGUUCUUUUGACCUAUCGAUGAGUUCGAGAAGAGCUACAGAUUCAUCGAACAUGGAGUUGAAGCUCAGACUUGUUUCAUUAACGUUCCUACUUGUUUUAAUUAAUUGGAAUGAAGAAAACGUGUUUUGCAGUUCUCAGAGUAUAAAUAGACGUCUUAUAUUUGAGGAAAACUUUGAUUCAUUUCGUUUAAACAAAAAUUUCUGGAGUAGAGAAAUAAGGAUACCGUUAGAUCCGGAAUAUCAAUUUUGCGUUUUUCACAAGCACGACGAUACUAUAGAAAUAAAAAACGGCAUCCUCCGUAUAAAGCCAAGGUUGUUUGAAGAUGUUUACGGAGAAAAUUCAAUUCUUCUUGGGCAAUUACGUCUGGCGGACUGCACCAGCUCGAAUACGCAAGAAUGCGAGAUGCAGGCGGCUUCGUACCACAUUCUUCCACCCGUUAUUUCUGCAAAGCUGAUUACGAGAAAUCACUUCGAAUUUCGAUACGGUGUAAUCGAGGUCCGAGCCAAAUUUCCUGAAGGAGAUUGGUUAUAUCCAGAGAUUCGGUUGGAGCCGCUGUACAAGAGCUACGACCCGCGUCACGCGAACGCGCGAAUCGAGUUGGGAAGAGCUCGUGGAAACAGUAUUUUAACAUACGACAAUGGAUAUACAAGAGAAGACUAUGGUGGUAAAUUGUUGGAGUUCGGAGUUGGCAACGGCACUGGCUCGGUAUUUCACGAACAGUUGGUUACUAAAUUGAGUCACACGAAUAGCUGGACUAAAGAUUUCCACGUUUACAAAACCACUUGGACCUCGCAAGGACUUAGAUUCCACGUGGAUGACCAAUAUGUUGGCAAACUUACUCCGACGAGUAGUGGAUGGUCCAAAAAUGAAAGAGCUGUGUCGGAUAGUAUGGCACCUUUCGAUGAGAAGUUUUAUCUCUCAAUCGGAUUGGGCGUCGGUGGCGUACGUCUUUUCCCAGACGAGACACAAACGAACUCUUACGUAAAACCCUGGAAAAACAUCAAUGCUAAGGCUAUGCUGUUGUUUUGGCAAGCGAAAGACAAGUGGCUACCAAGCUGGCAACGAGAACACGGAGUUAAGACUUCUUUAGAGAUUGACUACAUUAAAGUUUGGUCUUUGGACUGAUAGUAUUUGUAUGUGACAAAUAAA